CGCCCGGGGCCCGCUCGCGCCCCUCGUGCCCGCCGAGACUCUGGGCUCUCAAGUUGUGGGGACCAGCGCGAGUUGGAAAGUUUACCCGAGGGCUGGUGCGGGCUUGGAGCCUGGGGCACGCGCGCUGCCCUCGGAGCCGGCGCCGGCCAGUGGCAUUCAUCAUGAGACUUUUGGGAUCCUUGGUAGAAGGGAUUUAGAACCAGCAGUCUUUGGAUUAAGUCGGGUGAAAGAGAAAAGAGGGACCUCAUUUCUGGGUGUGGGCAGUGCCCACCACAAUGCCUUCCUUAUACAUAACCAAAAUUUUGUGGGCUGAACUCAACCAUGCUACAUUCAGAUUCUCCUCAGAGGCGAGACUUUCCAAAGGACCAAUGACUCUGUUCCUUGUGCCCUUUCAUUUAUUCCUACUCUGUAGCUAUGUCUCGAUCCCGCCAUGCAAGGCCUUCCAGACUAAUCAGGAGGGAAGAUCUAAACAGAAAGAAAAGCAGCCAACUGAAGAAGACAUCUAAGCUAGCCAAUAAAAAUGUGGCAUCAGUCAAGACUGUGAGCCCUGGAAAAGGAGUAAAGCAAUUAAUUCAAGAAAGAGAUGUUAAGAAAAAAAUAGAACCCAAAACACCUAUGCCAGUCAGAAGCCUUCUGACAAGAGCUGGAGCGGCACGAAUGAAUUUGGAUAGGACUGAGGUUCUUUUUCAGAACCCAGAAUCCUUAACUUGCAAUGGGUUUACAAUGGCUCUCCGAAGUACCUCUCUUAGCAGACGACUCUCCCAACCUCCAGUGAUCAUAGCCAAACCUAAAAAAAUUCCACCUGCUAAGCAUUUAGAAAAGCAACAUGAAUGUGAUUGUAAUGUAGUUACUGACAAAGGAGUGAAACACUCAGAAAAUGAUUCAAUUCCAACCCAAGUUCCCCUAAUUGCUCCUGAUACAGAGAAUCUAAUUGGUGUACAAAAUGCAUCUUUAAUUGAAGGUGAGAGCCAAGAGACAACCCAGUCUUGGUCCCAAAAGGUGGAGGAUACCAAAAUAAAUAUCUCUGCUCACAGUGGUCCUGCAGUAGAGAUCCCUUCUGGGUCAUUGGAAGGGACACAUGGUGGUGAAGGACUAUUCUCUAAAGAGACAUUGACUGAUACAAGUGAUUCCCCUAGAAUGUUUGCUCAGGACACUCUGUGUGCUCCUUUGCUCCAAAGAGCAGCCCUCAAGGUUACUUACGAAGGAAACUCCAGCAUUCAGUUAGAAGAUUUGGGUUCACGAGUAGAAUCUCUUAAGCUAUCUGAUUCUUACCUGGAUCCUAUCAAAAGUGAACAUGAUUGCUACCCCACCUCCAGCUUUAAUAAGGUUAUACCUGAAUUGGACCUUAGAAACUGUUUGUCCAUUGGUGGGUCAAUAUAUCCUACCUCAUUAAUAAAACUCCUCUUGGCAAGCUCUGAACAAGAAACGCUUGGUGCUAAACCAGAUAAUCAAGAGGUACUCAAAGCUACCCCAGAUCAACAGGCAAUUCCUGAUACCACCCCUGUCCUAGGACAGGCUUUUAGUGCUGUCCCACAUCAAUGGGAAGUCCCUGGUGCUAACCCAGUACACAGAGAGGCUCUGGAUGAGACCCCAGCCCCACCAGAGAUUCCUGGUGCUAUUCCAGUCCAAGGAGAGGUCUUUGGUGCUAUCCUAGACCAACAAAUCCUUGGGAUGGGUGGCGGUACUGCCUCAGACCCACCUAUCUUUGUUCCUGCUCCGCUAAACCCAAUUGCUACCUAUAGUGUUCUCCCAGAAUGGCCUGAGCCCCAGCGCACUGUUUCAUAUGGGCUUGAGGUCCAGGGAGCAAUGCAGAUUUUGCCUUUGGGCUCAGGUCACACUCCUCAGCCAUCAUUAAACUCUGAGAUAAGUUCGGUACCUCCUGUGAUGACUAUUAGCAAUAUAGAAAAUCAGAAGCAGGUUCAUAUAAGCUUUCUGCCAGCUAACACUCAGGCGUUCACCUUAGCCCCUGAGAGAGGACUCUUCCAUGCUUCACAGGGCAUUACCCAACUCUCCCAGGCUGGUCCCAGCAAAUUGGAAGGAGGGAGCUCCCAGAUCAGCGUGACCAGCAUGGUUGACAUCAAUACCACAGUGGUAUCUAGGCCAGGUUCAAUUGCCAGGGCCUCCCCUUCCUCCUAUACAACUUUGCUACCUACUUUGGAAAAGAAGAAACGAAAGCGGUGUGGGGUGUGUGGGCCCUGCCAGCAGAAGACCAAUUGUGGUGAAUGUACUUACUGUAAGAACAGAAAGAAUAGCCAUCAGAUCUGUAAGAAGAGGAAAUGUGAGGAACUGAAAAAGAAACCAUCCGUCAUUGUGCCUUCGGAGGUUCCUGGAAAGAGCAGUGAGGAACCAAAGGUUGUUUCUGGAAAGGAUUCAUCUGAGCUAGGGCAAUUACAAGUCAAUGGACGGGGAGAGCUUUCUGAGGUGGGUUUUGGUGGGACCUUCUCGCUGGCCACGCUUUCCUUCUUCCAUCAGAACAGAAGAGGCCUGGUAAGCGAGGCCGGGAGGAGGGUCUUGGGUGAGGCUGGACGGGGGAGGUGGCGAGCGUGGGUGACUCCCACUCGUGGCGCGGGCCCAGGCCCCGCCCCUGGUGUACGCCAUCAGCCCGCGCCGCGCCGCUUGGUGUUAUUCCGUCCCGCCCGCGCGGCGGUCGGUGCUCUGUCACCGCCCGCUCUGGUCAUGUCUCCAGCCAGUGGCUUGUAA